CCUCAUUCGAGCUCUUCCUGCUGCGUGCACGGACGUCAUAGCACAAGAGUCGUUAUGUGAACGGUUUACGGUCAUACUUGACAGAUAUCAAGAACAACCGCAUCUCUUGGAUCCACAUUUAGGGGAUCUGGUGUGCAGAUUGUUGGACAUGGGACGAGAUGUGAAUUCUCAUCCAGUUCUGAUGCAUCAGGCAUUUAAAUAUCUGUACAUUGUUACUAAGGUUCGAGGCUACAAAUUCAUUCUAAGACUUUUCCCACACGAAGUAACCGACCUUGAACCGGUUCUAUCUCUACUACAACAGCAAGACGACUCGGAUUGUCAAACAUGGGAGACUCGUUACAUGUUACUACUGUGGCUCUCUUUGCUUGCCAUGGUACCCUUUGAUAUGGUCCGGUUCGAUGGAAGUGGCACCGACGGACGUUGUCAGAGAGCACCAGUAGUGGACAGGAUGUUGGAGUUGGCUAAAAGAUACUUACAAGUCACAGACAAGUCACGUGAUGCAGCAGCUCUGUUGCUAGCUAAGUUUGUAACACGACCUGAUAUGAGUCGGCGUAGACUACCAGAAGUGUUAAAUUGGCUUCUCCACAUUUUGAUGAACUCCGACUGCCAGACGAUGUCCGGAAUGGUUGCUAUGCAUGGAUCACUGAUGUCAAUGAGUGCGAUGUUCAAGCAUGGAAGAAGGGAGGAUCUGCUGGCACACGCUCCAUCAGUGUUGACGUGUCUGUCUACUUCGAAUGUGUUUCGUCUAUUCAACACUUUGCUGAAGAAAUUGGCAGUGAAACUUGUUCAGAGGUUAGGGCUUGUGUUUUUGAAAGCGAAAGUUCCUGCGUGGCGGUAUCAACGAGGGCAGCGAUCGCUGGCUGAAAAUUUGGCUCCUGAGUUGGUAGACCAAUUAAAGACAUCAGAGAAUGGACACGCGCAACAAGUUUCAGAUGAUGAUGAAUACGACAUUCCACAGGAGAUAGAGGACAUUUUAGACCACCUCUUAUUUGGUCUAAAAGAUCCAGACACAAUAGUUCGUUGGUCAGCAGCCAAAGGAAUUGGUCGAAUAACUGGACGUCUUCCUAAGGAGUUGGCUGAUGAGAUUAUAACAUCUGUCCUUGAGUGUUUUAGUUUGCAGGAAAGUGAAGGCUCAUGGCAUGGUGGUUGCUUGGCACUGGCCGAACUUGGGAGAAGAGGUUUAUUACUUCUACACAGAUUAGGAGAAGUUGUUCCUGUUGUACUACGAGCUUUAACAUACGAUGAAAGACGCGGAUCGUUCAAUGUUGGUGCUGCAGUAAGGGAUGCUGCAUGUUAUGUCUGUUGGUCGUUUGCUCGAGCGUACGAUCCUAAAGAAAUCAAACCGUAUGUGAACCAAAUAGCAAGCUCGAUGAUCAUUACUGCUGUCUUUGAUCGGGAAGUCAACUGUAGACGAGCGGCUUCAGCUGCAUUCCAAGAAAAUGUGGGAAGACAGGGCACGUUUCCUCACGGCGUUGACAUCUUGACUGCUGCCGACUACUUCGCUGUUGGCAAUAGGAAUAAUGUUUAUUUGAAUGUCAGUGUCUACAUUGCUCAGUUUCAUGAGUAUACGCGCCCUUUGAUUGAUCAUCUUGUUGAUAUCAAGUUGAGACACUGGGACAGUGCUAUUCGUGUGCUUGCGGCUCAAGCACUGCAUAACUUAACUGUUAGAGAUCCGGAGUACAUGGCAAGUGUUGUGAUUCCCAAGUUGCUUGUUGAGGCUGUUGGCAUAGACAGAAAUGCAAGACACGGUAGUUUGAUAGCCAUAGGAGAGAUCACUCACGCUUUAUCAAUCCACACAUCAAAUAAAGACAAUCAUUUCCAGUGUGUUGUUAGUGAAGAUUAUUUGAGUCAGAUGAAAAGCAUAGUGAACAAGAUGGUUGAUGCUAAACUGUUCAGGGGCAUUGAAGGCGAGAUGAUGAGAUUUGCAGUGUGUCAAUAUAUUCAGAAACUCUCACUUGCUCGUGUGCCAUUCCACGAUGAUCCAGUAAUAGGAGUCUGGCAGGCUGUUUUAGAUGACAAUAUUCCUCAUAUUGAUCACGACGACCCGUGGAUUCAGAAAGCAGCUGUUGAUGCGUUUGAAGUGUUUUCUGUCGAGUUCUAUUCAAGUGAUGACUGCAGGGCAGUUGCAGGUGAUGUUGUUGAUCGGUACAUAGAGAAGUUGCAAAGCUCAAUUGAUUUUGAAAGGAUGGGGUUUGCUCUGGCUCUCGGUGCAAUGCCAAAGUGUAUGCUGGUUGGAAAGUUGGACAAGGUGGUUUACGGGCUUAUCGAAGCUACUAAAUCACUCACUAACAAGGACCAAAACGCAUUGUUUACUGAAGCUCGAAGAGAUGCUCUCAAAGGCUUAACAAGUAUCUGCUCGACUGUUGGUCUAAGUGUGAGUGAUCCCGGAUGUCUACACAGAGAUCACGUCACUGCCAUUUUUGGCUCAAUGCUGUCGGCUCUAGAGAACUACACGAUGGACAGUCGAGGAGAUGUGGGUGCAUGGGUACGUGAAGCAAGUAUGUCAGGUAUAGCGACCUUGAUAGAGCUGACUGUGCAGUCUGUUCCUGAUUGGUUUACAGCUGAUCUAUGUCGACAGAUUGUGUGCUGCUUUGUACAGCAAAUCAAUGAGAAAAUAGAUCGAACUCGUGCUCACGCGGGAAGCAUCUUUCUGAAGCUUCUGCAUUCAACGAGUCCUGUAGUACCACAUGUACCACAUCGGAAGGAGCUAGAAAUGUUAUUUGCAGUUUGUGAUCAAGACGCACUAAAUUGGGCUGCUCCUUCAGAAUCGUUCCCCAAAUCAGUUCAAUUGCUGUCUCUUCCUACCUAUCAAUACUCAGCAUUACUCGGCUUAAUCGUCAGUGUCGGUGGACUGACGGAAUCACUAGUUAAUCAUUCAAGCUCAUCUUUUCUUCAGUAUCUGAAGCAAAUCUCCUCCAGUGUUCACGAAAUGCAUCAGUUCAUGGAAACCUUACUGAGUAUCUUCACAAAUCAUCAUAAGGACGACAGAGUGACAAUUCCCUUCUUCAAGACUGUUGAUCUCCUCUUCUCAAGUUCGGCAUUAAACAUUCUACUAACAGACAGCCAAGACACAUUUUCACUACGUUUGUUCAAUCUGUGCAAAGAUGAAAUAGCUGGAAGCGGCGAUGCCAAGAAAAUAAUUGCCAGCAUCAGCGUUUUCUGUGGUUUGAUUGCUUUUUCUGGUGCUGUUCGACGCAAAACGAUCGAACGAUUGUUGAUCUUUCUAUGUCACAAGUAUCCUCGGGUUCGUACGGCCACUGCUGACCAGUUGUACGUCGCACUGCUGACGUUUGAUGAUGCUAUACCUGAUGGUUGUCAUGACGAUGUCAUGACAAUGUUGAGUGAAACGCUAUGGAACUCGAGUGUGGAAACUGUCAGACCCAUUCGGAACAAUUUAUGUGACAUUUUUGGCAUACCGAAGCCGAAGGCAAAGCGCAUUGUGUCUACAGUCAAGGCGUCUAGUAAUUCGAAUGAUGAAAUGGGAUAUAAAGAUCUGGUUGAUCGGGUUGGAUAUUAAGAACUACCGACGAAGGAAUGACUGUCUAGCUGUGGUAUGUCGACCAUGUUAUGCAUGUGGCAUAUCAAUGUUCUGGGACGAUGGAACUCACUGAUUUAUGUUCAAUGAGAACCAGCUUAUUCUGAUAUGUAGAGCAGA